UUUUGGAUCAGUCCGAGUGUUCCUGCUGGGCUAUUCUUUUCUUACAACGCUACUUUGGUUCCUCCUUACCGGGUUUUGGUGGAUACUAACUUCAUCAACUUCUCUAUCCAGAAUAAGAUCGAUCUUGAGAAGGGAAUGAGAGACUGUCUGUACGCAAACUGCACUCCUUGUAUCACGGACUGCGUCAUGGCUGAGUUAGAGAAGUUAGGUCAGAAGUAUCGUGUAGCUCUAAGGAUUGCGAAAGAUCCUCGCUUUGAAAGAUUACCUUGUGUACACAAAGGGACAUAUGCUGAUGACUGUCUCGUUGACAGAGUUACUCAGCAUAAGUGCUUCAUAGUGGCUACAUGUGAUAGAGAUUUAAAGCGAAGGAUUCGAAAGAUUCCUGGUGUGCCGAUCAUGUAUGUGACACAACGCAAGUACUCAAUAGAGAAGUUACCUGAAGCUACACUUGGUGGAGCUCCAAGACAGUGAUAAUUGAAUAGAGACGUUUAUGGAUUCCAGGAAGCUCUGAAGCGUGAGUUAGUAGUAUUGAUUUCAGCUAUGAGUCCAAAGAUUUGGAAACGCAGUAUUGUGUUAAGAGAUCUUAAGCCAUUUUUGUUCUCAGUGUUGGCUUAUCUGUUGUUAAUUUGAUACAAGCUUGAUUAGCUUAAUAGAAAUCUUUAUUAUGCUUAAAUCGA